GCACUUAUUUUUAUGACCUAGUGCCGUACGCCAUUAUUGUUCAUUUGUUGGUGGGCGAGGUUGUUGUCAAAAUGGGAAAGCAUAAGUUCAAGACGCGUUGUUAUUUAGAUAUAAAGAUUGAUUCGCAGCCAGUUGGUCGUAUAGUUUUCGAAUUGUUCAAUGAUAUCUGCCCAAAAGCUGCUGAGAAUUUUAAAAAGUUGUGUCAAGGUGUUUGUGGCCUAGGUCUGAAGACAGGGAAGCCAUUAACCUACCAAGGAAGCGUCUUCCAUCGAGUUAUAAAGGGUUUUAUGGUACAAGGUGGUGAUUUCAGUAAUAAGGAUGGAACUGGGGGUGAAUCAAUAUACGGUGGCACUUUUGCUGAUGAAUGCCUUACAACCGAACAUGACCGGCCGUUUUUGCUUUCUAUGGCAAACAGAGGGCCUAACACUAAUGGCUCUCAAUUCUUCAUUACGACUGCUCCUGCUCCCCACCUAAAUGGAAAACAUGUGGUGUUCGGACACGUUAUAUCAGGAGAGGAUGUUGUCAGGAAGAUCGAAGCUGUUCCAAUAUCUGACACUAAAGCCCAUCGCCCAGUAAAGUCGAUUGUGAUUGAGUCUUGCGGUGAACUUAUUCCUGUUAAGAAAAGUAAGGUAAUAGGCGAGGAGAAGAAGUCGAAAAAAGCCAAGAAGGCAAAGAAGAAGAAACGGAAAUUAAGUGAAGGUGAGGAGUUUUCUGAUAGUGAAAGUGGCAUGGAUAACGAAUGCAGUGUCCGCAAAGAAGAAAUACCGGAAGUACCGCCACCGAAAUUUCUGUAUCGUGGAAACUACGAAGAGGAUCAGCUAGAACUUCAAAAGAAAGUGAAUCUUAGUCCAAGACACGAUAUAGACAGCCGUGAAAGUGCUCGUAGUCGGUACCAAGAGGAUCGUUCAGGUCGAGUAAUCAAAGGGCGCGGACGAAUCUGUUACCAGAGCCCAAAUUCUCGUUCAGGAAGUCCUGGACGCAGCACCACCCCACCCCACUGGCGCCAAGCAAGUUCUCAUACCCAGAGAUUAGACCAAGAUGAAUGGAAACAAUGGAAUGAACGAAGAAAUCACGAACAAAUAAACAACUUACAGAGAAGGGUAUCGUCAUCCCGUUCAUCACGUGGAAGUAGGCAGGAUCCGCUGUCUCCAUCCAUAGCUGCUAGUCGUAAUAGAAACCCAAGUGCUUCGCCAUCAUCUGUUGUUAUAGCCAAUACUGGUGUUUCUGGUAGUUUAAGAGAUAUUGAUUCUUCCGAGAAAGAAUUUUCAAUGGACCAACGAGAUGAUCAUAAACAACGUUCUCCCAGUCAUUCACCAUCACUAGAUCAUCGAGUAUUAGUAAAUGAUUCCAAGGUAGUGGAAAAUGGUUCCUCACCAACACAGAAUAAUCUGUCACCGGUCUCAAUUGGACCGAAAAAGCUUUAUACCGAGUUCGAGGGUAAACCCGAUGAUCCGAGUGACAGGCGUUAUGUUAGAUCUCCCGAAAAUAUACGUCAGACGUCAGUGUCUGAGGAUUUAUUUGGUAAAGACCGGCGUGCAAACCAACGUUUAUCAGAAAUAGACGAUGAAUAUAUGGUAGAUAUCGAUGAAGAUGCUAAGUUUAAAACUCUUCCGACCACUACUCAUGAACAGUCUCCAAAACUCUCUAAAUUUUCAGAAUAUUCGACCAUUAAGUCAAAUGACGUAUCCAAGAGAGACUUAGGUGACUCGCCCAAAGUGUAUCAUACCAAUCAGUCCCCUAGGAAGUGUUCUGGAUCUCCAAAUUUAAAAUCCCCACAACAGAUACUUAUCUCCCCAGUUAAUUCAUGUGCUUCUGGUCAACAGCAAAAAUACCAAUCAAAAUCCCCUGUUCUUAUGCUUUCACCGAAGCUUCCUACAUCUUUUGAAAAUCAAGCUCCUAUUGACCAACCUAUUAUAAUUUCACCAUCUCGUAUCCCUUACCCAUCCCCCCUGUCAGGUUCCGGUUCCAAUAAUCGGAUGCCAUCACCACCCUGUGAGAAUGCCCGCAUAUCUUCACCUCCGGAUCUCUCAAAUCGAAACCAAGUUUCUCAUGAACUUUCUAGAAUACCAACACCAUCACAACCAGAUAACAAAGAACAGGGUAAAGUGUUUUCAGAAGAAACAGAUCUACAUAAACUGGAGGAGAUUCCGUCACCUGAAAAACCUAGGAAACAACCCUCACCCUCACAUUCAGACAGACAAUUAAAGGUGACUCGUGGCUCCCGUUCUGCUUCCCGAAGUUCUACGUUAGGUUCUAGAUCAAAUUCUAGUUGUGAAUCUGACAGCUCUAGGUCUUGUUCUCGUUCACACUCCCAAACAAGCCCCAAAAAACGACGCCGACGAACCCCUCGUAGUCCUCCACCUCAUCUUGUUGAGAAGUGGAAAAUGCGUCGUGAAAUGCUAAACCAGAAGCGCCGCGUUGUACCACCGUCUGUAGCAGCUUAUGCGCCGUCUGGAUCAUCGGAAGAUCGUCUUCGUGGCAUUGAAAGACGUCAUUUAUCGGGAAGAAGUACCCACAUACAUUCUCGAUCACCAUCACGUUCCAUCCCAAGCCGUCGACGAAGUCGAUCCUCAAGUUCACGCUCUAAAUCAGGCUCAUACACACAUAGCCGUACGAAGUUAAAUGUUAGACGUGGUUCUCCUGAAGCAGAAAGUCUUCGCAGUCGAAAAAGAAGUCCAAGUCGCGACAGAAAGAUAUCGCGUUCAAGAUCACAUAGCCGCUCGCCUCCAAAAAGUUUUGGGUUGAAGCACAGAGGCACUUCACCAAGUAAACCUAUCAUAGUAAUAACUAAGAAAAGUCAGACUACACAAAAACCCACGAAAAUUGUUACAGAAGAUCCAUCCACUGAAGUAAGCUACAUUUCCGGGGAUUUCUCUUAAAAAAUGUAAUUGUCUUUUACUGCAGAGUAAUUGUUAAACGUUGGAAAUGAUUUUAAAUCGACACAUUUUUAGGGGAAAUUGUCUCAUCGAAUUAUGCAACCUAUCCAGACUUUCUCUGCAAAAUAUUUCAUUUCAUAGGACUCAUGCUUCCGUGAAUCUUAUUUGGGUUCAGAAUUUCUGAAUUUGAUAUGGAGAUAUGUCAAAAAAUUAUCUCAGGAUCACAAUGGAACGUUAUUAAUCUGGGCUUUUAUAAAUAGUGUUAUAUGAUUCCAUGUACAAUCAGUUUCAGCACAAUUUAAAAUACCAUCUGACUAUACAGAUACUGAUUCCAGUGAAACUACGUUACUUCAUGUGUAUUAAAUUUCUCAGGUACUCAAAAAACAUCCAAAAUAUUUACAUUUUUUAGGAUUUAAUUGAACAACUGAGCACAAGUUAACAGUUUUACUUAUUUAUAUUUUCGUUCUUAAGAAUGCUGUUACAACCAGUAAGUGGGAGAAUUCUCCUCAAAUCCUAGAGAAAAAUACAAAUCAACAUCUAGGUCCAUGGACUAACAAACAUUGGGAAACAGGCGAUAAGGUUGAACUUGAUGAGUCUGUAAAAAAAGACGAGAAAAAAUUAGCCACUGCAAAAACCCAAGGUCCAAAUAGUAUUUCAAUUCUACAGAGACUUCGUGUAAUACAAGAGGAUUCUUCUAAGAACGAAGUACAUUUAAAUAAAGAUGAAAAUUCUCCCGCUGCUGUCAUUGAUAAUAAGGAAAAACUAGAAAACUCAGUUGCUGCUUCUAAUGAAACUACGUCUAUCCCAACUGUGCCAACUAUGAUCAAACCCCAAGUUCCUCCAAUAUCUAAAAAUCAAGUCAAAAAACCAGCUGCAAUCAGAGGAAGGUCUCAUUCAUCCAGUUCUAGUUCUGCUUCUUCAUCUUCCUCAUCUGGAUCCUCUUCAAGAAGUUCCAGCAGACCUAAGCGUUCUCGUAAAAGAUGUCGGUCCAUAAGCUCAUCAGCACGCAAAAUACAAAGGAGUGACUUUUCGGACUCCAGAAGCAGGGGUAGGGGUAGUCGUGGACGCUACUCUCCAGUUAGUCGUUCAUACUAUACAAGAUCACGUUCUCGUUCAUUUUCAACAAGAGCUUCGACAAAUUGGGGCACACGUACCAGCUAUCCAAGUCGUAAUCGUUCUUGGUCUAGGUCUCGUUCCAGAUCGUUUUCCAGAGACUCUCGAUCUCAUAGCUCGAGUGCUCGUCGUCAUAAACGUCGUCACAGGAGAACACGUCGUGGGAGGAACUCUAGUCGUAGUUGGUCAUCGUCAAGAAGUUCUAGUAGAUCUAUAAGACGGCGCUAACUGUAAUAUUCUCAUAUGAAAACGCCUUGUUCAGUCCUUUGUUUUAAAUGUAUUUAUUCAUGAUAU